AAUGAAUGGAUUUCUUGGGUUUGGUGUGAGAAAACGUGGGAUAUUGACGGGAAUUCGUCCAGUCAAAACGCAGUUCGUUUCUUGAUCGUGGCUGAUCCUCAACUGAUUGGAUAUACUCGUGAGCCAACGCCGUUCUCCAGUUUGACAAGAUGGGAUUCCGAUCGAUACUUGCGGAUGGGAUUCGAACGUGCCUUGACGGCUUGCCACCCGGACUUGAUUCUGUUUUUGGGUGAUCUGAUGGAUGAGGGUGUGCAUGCUUCCAAGGUUGACUUUGACCGCACGCUGGAAAGAUUCAACGCCAUAUUCCGCACUGACAAGCCUGUUCAGCGAAUCUAUGUGCCUGGUGAUAACGAUAUUGGUGGCGAGGAGCAAAUGAUUAUGCCGUAUUCGCUGAACAGAUUCUCCAAUAGUUUUUCGAAUUCAUUCGAAGCAGAAGCUUUGGGAUUGGACGCGAUCAGUUUUGUUCAGAUAAAUCCUUUCAAUGGUGCCCAGUCAAUCCUGUGGGUAGGUUCUAGCGCAAUUUGUGUGGUACUGAGUCAUGGACCAAUCAUUCGCUUUCCUGAUAUUCUUAAGAAUGUUCGGUCCUUGGUCAGUCCCGCAUUGAUUCUAAGUGCUCACUCUCAUACGGCGAGUUAUUACGAGGAGGUUUUCAAUGGGGCGCAACCAUUCAAAAGUAUUUCUAUGCUCUCGCAGAAAACUUCACACACGGUAGCUAUCGAUGAACACAAUAGUACAUUCAAAGAAUUUCAAACGGCCACUUGUAACUAUCGUAUGGGUGUCGAUAAUAUGGCAUACGGCUGUUUAACAUUCACAAGAAAUAAUGCCACACCACGACCGUCCUUUAAUGUACGCUACACGGCUCUGUGGCUUCCGCGACGUUUUCAUCAAUUGGCAAUAUAUUUCUUCAUCGUUGUAGUAUUGACCAUUUAUGGUUUGCGAUGGUUAUUUUGGUGA